AUGCCCCGAUCACUUCUUGGAACGCUCUUUGCGUUCCUUGCUCCAUCCGCACUAUGUUUGGACACCGUCAAUUAUGGUGCGUUCACACAAACUGCAACAUAUUCAAUCGCGAACCAACUUGGUCUGUUCCAAGGAGUCAACCUGAACGUGACGUACCUUCAGAUACCUAACUCGAGUUUCGCCUAUCCCAAUCUGCUCAAGGGGGGUUACGAUGUGCUCACAGGUACAAUUGAUAACGCGGUGAACCUGCGAUUCAAUCAAAAUGCAACAGUGACAGUCCUAGGCCAAAUCGAUGCUGGACCCGACAUUGUAAUCGCAGCAACGCCAGACAUCACAAGUAUCCAGCAACUACGGGGGAAGUCACUCAUUGUCGAUAGCCCGGUCAGUGGAUAUGCCUAUAUCUUACGAAAGGUUCUCAGUUUGUACGGUUUAAGCCUGGAAAACGGAGAUUAUUACUUCCAGACAGCGGGCAGCACAGCGCUUCGUUACCAAUACCUUACGUCGGGAGUUCUGCCCAACGGGACCGCCGUUUAUGCUACUAUUCUAACGUACCCAUUUACCGAGUUCGCACGAGCACUGCCUUCUGGCCAAAGACCUACCAUACUGGCGAGGGUUUCUGACUUUAUCCAGCCAUUCUCAAGUUCCGCCAUUACUGUAGCUGAGGCAUCGCUUUCUGACACAUCCAAACGCGACACUCUCAAGCGAUUCUGGGCAGCACUCUAUGCAGCAAGCACUUACCUAGCCACGCCGGAAAACCAAGACUGUGCGGUCAAGGCGAUCGGUAAGCAGCUCAAUGUGACCAGUAGUGUCGCGCAAGCCGAGUAUGCAGCUGCAACAGAUGCAACCAGUGGAGAGAGCAUCAGUGUGGCUGGGGGGUUCAAUGUUAGCAGACAGGGUCUACUGAAUGUCAUCGACGUGAGAGGACAGUUUGGGGGGUUUGCGUCUAUUGCAAAGGAGAGGGGGUUCGAUUUCGUUGAGGCCAUCGAGCCUGGUGUGGGCAAGAUGAUCGACUAUAGUGUCAAAGAUGAGGCACUUGCGGCUUACGGGAACUGGAUCAAGCAGGUUACGAAGAGAGGCAAAAAACUGUGCACGGCUGCUGGGUUGUAG